AAUUCACGAUAAGACGAAGAACAUGAUCGUGCUGUGAUUUCAUCACCGGGAGAUUUGUCAUUGUUCACUGUCCAGCCGAAACAAGGAAUUCUGAAGACAAGAUCUAGGACAGGAGGAGCAGAAUGAAAACUCAAUGCCUGUGCUUUUUGAUCCUCUGCCUCCACCUCUCGCCGGACCGAUGCCUACCUGUCCUCGCCGGCAACCUCCACCCUCUCAUCCUCGUUCCUGGUCUUGGAGGCAACCAGAUCGAGGCUAGUCUGACGGGAGCGUACGAGCCAACGGCGGCCGCCUGCAGACCGCGAGACGACGGCUGGUUCAGGCUCUGGCUCGAUCGCUCCGCCCUACUAGACACUCAGUCGCAGAUCUGCUUCGCCGAGCGAAUGAGGCUCUUCUACGACCCCGAAGCCGACGACUAUUGCAAUGCUCCCGGCGUCCGGACUCGGAUACCCUUAUUCGGUUCUACCAUGGGAUUUCGUUACAACGACCCAGAUCACAAGGACGACUGGUCCUCCUAUAUGGCACCGUUGGUCGAACGCUUGGAAGCCAUCGGCUACGUCGAGGGCGAGACUCUCUUCGGCGCCCCAUACGAUUUCCGAUACGGCCUGGCCUCCGCCGGCCACCCCUCCCGAGUCGGCUCUCGCUUCCUACGCGACCUCGCUGAGCUGGUGGAAAACGCGAGCGCCUCGAACGGCGGCAAGCCGGUGAUCAUCCUCACCCACAGCUUCGGCGGGAUGCUCGCGCUCCAGCUUCUCGACCGCCUCCCCGCAACGUGGCGGAAGAGAUUCGUCAAGCACUUCGUGCCGCUCGCCGCGCCGUGGGGAGGCACCGUCCUCGAGAUGGGCAUCUUCGCGACGGGGACGAAUCACGGCCUUCCCUUCGUCGACAACCUACUGAUGCGGCCGGAGAGCCAGAGCUGGGAGAGCAACCUGUGGCUUCUGCCAUCCCCGAGAACGUUCGGAGAAGCGCCGAUCGUCGUCACCAAUCACGGAAAUUUCUCCGCUUCGAGAAUGAGUGCGUUCCUCGAGGGAGUCGGAUUCAGUGAAGGUGUUGGACCUUACCAAAGCAGAAUCUUGCCGCUGUUGCAGGAGCUGAAUCCGCCGCUAAUCCCUGUUACUUGUAUCGCCGGAACAGGGGUGGCAACUGCUGAGGUGUUCGUGUACGGCGAUGGAGGAUUCGACAAGCUCCCGGAGAUUGUGUAUGGAGACGGCGACGGCACAGUGAAUCUAGUGAGUUUAUUGGCGAUCGAAUCGGAAUGGUUUAGUUUUCCGGAGCAGGACCUCAAGGUGAUCAAGUUGCCAAAUAUUUCUCAUUUGGAUAUUGUCAAACAUGAUUCAGCGUUGAGCCUGGUGAUAGAAGAAAUUCUGGAAAUAAACGAUGGUGCUCUGAGAGCCAAUUCAUAGCCAUAGGUUUAGCAUCAUCAUUCAUCAAACAAUAUGUUGUGUCUAUUGUGGGUGUUCUCCGAUAGCCCUGGUACUCUAAACUCUUCUUGUGGCUCAUGAAUGAGAUUUGUAUGCGGUAGAGAUGACGAGGCUAAGAAGACCAGUUGAUAUCUGAGUCUUCGGUCAUCUAGUGUGGGAGAUGGACUACCACCAGAUAAAUUUAAAAGUGCUAAUGACUUCUUAGCGUCUCAAAA